AUGGACUACCUUACACUAGAACCAUCAAGAGGACAUGGUAACAUUCUUGUGAUAACUGACCACUUCACCAAAUAUGCUCUGGCAAUACCAACCAAGAAUCAGACAGCCAAAACUACUGCAGAUGCUUUCUACAACCACUUCAUUGUCAACUAUGGAAUUCCAACUAAAUUACAUACAGAUCAAGGUGCCAACUUUGAGUCAGACUUGAUCAAAGAAUUAUGCCAUAUCACAGGAAUGAGAAAAACAAGAACGACACCAUACCACGCAAUGGGAAAUGGCUGCACCGAACGCUGGAACAGAACAUUACUAGAUAUGUUAGGCACAUUAGAACCAUCAAAGAAGCCUGAUUGGAAGAAUUACAUCCCAUCAUUAGUAUACGCCUACAAUUGCACCAAACAUGAGAGUACUAAAACGACACCAUUCGAACUUAUGUUUGGAAGAAAGCCCAAGUUACCGAUUGACGCAGUAUUCGAAACUUCAGACAUUGAACAGCCAACAUCUAAAACAACAAAAGACUACAUCCAGAACUUAAAGAAAAGAAUGCAGACUACGCAAGAAAUAGCAAAGAAGUAUACGGACAAAGCCAGAGCGAAACAAAAGAAACAAUAUGACAAGAAAGCUACGGCAUCCAGAAUUUCAGUAGGAGAUAAAGUCCUCAUUAAAAUCCUUGCAUUUGAUGGAAAGCACAAGAUAGCAGAUAAGUUUGAAGAAGAGGUGUACGAAGUAGUAGAACAGCCUAGAUUAGAAAUACCAGUGUUCAGAUUAAGAUCUAAAUCUGGAAUUGAAAAAGUACUUCACAGAAAUCAUCUGUUACCUAUACAGACUACAGACAGUGAAAGUGAAGAGGAAAUUAAGAUAAUGAGACCUGUUCCCAAACCGAGGAAAUUAAAGAAACAGAAGGAUGAAAUUGUGGAGAAAAGUGAACCAAAGGUUACACUUCCAGAGAUAAAUAGAAUAGAAAGAAGUGACGUCACAAGUGAUUCAGAGUCAAGUGAUUCAGGUGAUGAAUAUGUGCCUAACACAUACAAAAGUGGGGACGCCCACAUUCCUGAAAUUACAGAUAAAGUAAAUAAAGUAGACAGAAAGAAAGAUAGCAGAACUGAAGAAUUAGAAAGAGAAAUGCAUGUAAAAGAAGUGGAUGAAACGAGAAAACAUACAGGAGAUGAAAUACAUGGUAGUCAAAUUGACAACAUGGGAAUUCACACUGAAGACGAUGACAUGAGAAUUCAUACUGGAGAGGAUGAUAUGAGAAUUCAUACUGAAGAGAAGAACAUGAGAAUCCACACUGGUGAUGACAACUUGGGAACACACACUGAAGAUAACAUGGGCAUUCAUACUGAAUAUGAAAACCUGAGAAUACAUACUGAAGAUCCAGUAGAUAUAGGAACAGAUAGUGAAGUUACAAAUAAGGAUAGUUCAGUUAGUGAAGUUACAGAUAAGAAUAGUUCAGUUAGUGGAGUAACAGAUAAAGAUAGACAGAAAGGACAUUCUGAAAUAGAAAUGAUUAAUGAGGCUGAAAAUAGAAAAGGAGAGAUAAAUUCUACAGAAACUGUGUUAGAAAGAGAGAGAGGAAUUAGAGAAGGUGCCAUAAGAAAAGUACCAAAUAUACAGAAACGUGUAAUGAUAUCAGAGGAACCAAAAAUAGAAACAAUUGAAACAAGAGAAUCAAAUAUAGAGAGAAAAAGGAAAGGACAAAAGCCUUUACCUAAAAUACCUACAAGAAGGUCUGAAAGGGAGAAAAGAUUACCGGCUAAUUUAAAAGACUAUGAGAUGAAUGUAAUGGUUUCAUAUCCUCCAGACUAUAGGUUACAUGCCUUAGAUGUUUUUAUAAAUUCCGGUGUUUUAAAGGAUGUAGAUCCAGAAGUUGCAAAGAAAGUGAUAAAUGCAGUUAUGCAGUAAUAUGUAUCACACUGUAAACAGAAUUGUGAAGUGACAGUAUAAAUUGCACUGAAUAGAUAAAAUAUUAAUAGAGAUAAAAAGAGAUAAAUCAAGAGAAUUAUUUCUUAGAGAAAAUAUAGGCUGUACAGAAUCUGUACAGAAUGAUGUAGCUUGAUUGAGCAUAUUGGAUUGAAUAUUGUUGUUUUUAUUGUUUUUAAAUUUUUAAAUGUCUGAUGCAUAAUGUUGUUUUGUCUACAAUUGUGAGGUCACAAUUUUUGAAAAGGGGAGACAAUACAGUAGAUUUGUUGACAUAAUUUUUGCUAUUCCUUUUGAGAAAUACAUGUUUAAUCACAUGUUUAAAUUUUUAUGAGAAAUAUUUAAGGGGUAUAUAAAGUAGCCUUUAUUAUGUUUAUUAGUUAUGUCUUAUUGUAAUAUAUUAUGUAUAGGACGGUGUAAUAUUUGACGUAUGAAUGACGGGACGUCAUUUCUCAGACAGGGGAAGUGUGUGGCAGUCUUGAUUUUAAGGCUUUGGAUUAAGUAGUUGUUUAAGCUAAGUUAUCUCCCUUUGACCAUAGUUGUAGUUUGUGUCCAGUCAGGUGUAUUGACCUUAGGUCAAUUUGUUCCCUCUAAAAGACUGUGUUCUGAUUGGUUUAGGCAUCAGUGAUCAAUAUCUCACUACCUGGAAAGCUUUGAUACUGUGUACAUGUAUUUGGUAGAGGUUGUUUUAAAUCAGUAAUAUAUUAGUUUUAAAGGAAUGGAAUUAUUAGUCAGAGACCAUUAACCUGAAUCACAGUGUGAUAGAGCAGAUGAGUUGUUGGUGCAGCUGGUGAUGUUUUCUAUAGUGGUGAUGCAUUUAAGUCCACAACUUGGAUGCUUAGUUUACCAACCAAUAAAUUGAUAAAGGUACAAAGAGCUUGUUUCCUACACACGGCCUCCAGAUGGACCUACUCCUCAACCCCCACUAGCAGUUAUACUUCUUUAUAAUUUACAAAAGGACUUUAAGUAAAACUAGCCAAGUGACAUAA